AUGGGUGUCGCACCGAGCCGCGAAACAAUCCGCCGCGGCUUCUUCAACGUUAAUCAAGCAAACCCGUCCUCUGCUGGCGGCGGCGGUAGCAGCAAACGGCAAGACAUCGUUCUUAUUCCACUCACAAAAGAGUACUUCCCCAGCUCGGACUGCCCGCUCUUCGUGCAGUUUCACAAGGCGCGCUGCGAUGCCGCGGUGAACUACUACUUCCGCCGUCCGGGCAACCCCGGCGACCUCAGCUGCAUCCCGAACUACGAGAGUUCCUACCGACUGCCGGGCGAGGAGACGCGGGCGCAGCGGCGCCGCCGUCGUCAGCUGGCGCGGGAGGCCCGCGCCGCCGAGGGCGCCCCGUCGAUGCGGGAUCGUGCUGGCCGGGGCGACGGCGAAUAUGAUGAUCUGGACGAGGACACGGACGACGACGCCGACGAGGACGAGUCCUUUCCAUCUCGUGAGGCCCUCUACCACGGCGUUAUCGAGCACGUGGAGGAGGUCCUCUUUGACACGGAUGCGGAGAUGCGGCAGGCCUAUCAGUGGGCCCUGGCGCACCCGCACACCACCAUGGGGCCGGACGGAAAGAAGCAGCGGAAGGUGCUGCCGGUGCUGUGUGCGGUGGCGUUUCGCUCCGACAUUGGCAAGGCGCACCACCUACACAAUGCUGCCGCGGCAGCGGGAAGUGCCCGGCCUUCCUCCGCGAACGGCUCCGCCGCUACGGUCCCCCUUCCGACGUCUCCGUCGUCGCACAUGAGCAGCUCCACGAUCGCCAUGAGCAACAUGCAGGCCGCGCUGGAGAACGGCGUGUACAUGUUCGGCUCCAUCAUCAACAUCGUCGGCUGCUUCGGCUUCGUCUCGAUGCAGGAGGACGUCGACGACGCCAAGCGCAUGUCCCACCAACAGGCCGACUCUGCCAGUGCCAUGUCACCUCCGCUGCUCACGCCGGGGUCAUUGCAGCCCCCUUCUCCGUCCGGCGGCGGCGGCACCUACCACCACGACCCCUACUCCUUCACCAGCAGUCAGGCCAGCAGCGGGAGCUUAGUGGGUGGUGGUGGUGGCAGCAACGGCAAACCAACCUUCACGGCAGCCAGCGGUGGCACGUUGCUCAGCUCACGUGGAGCCGGCCGGAAGGGCGCGCGCCACCUGGCGCAGAUCGCGGCGGCGACGGACCUCAUGACGCUGCCCCCGCCCGUGGCGGCUCCGCUGGCGGCGAUGGUGUUUCUCACCAAAUCCGCCGGCGAGCAAAACCUGGGCCGUGUCACGUACAUCGCGGCGAGCACCUACUACUAUCAGAUGAUUCAGGCCGGUCUGAUUGAGCGACAGACGGGGGUGCGGAUGGAGGGGCCGAACGUCUACCCGAGCUCGACGACUUCAGCGGCGCCGUCGCCGCUGCCGCCGUACGGAGGCGGGAGCAAAACCACGCAAGGUGGCGGUGUCGGCGGUGGUGCGACGGCGGUGCCGCCGCUCCCGCCUAUGUACUCCCCCUCCUCGCCCACCUCUCCUCAUGCAGCAGGGUCGCCGGUCUUCUCCCCCCCCACCCCCAAUACCCAGGGUCCCCCGAAGCCUUUCCUACCACCGAUGGAAACCUUCAGCUUCUCCAGCCUGCUCACGAACAUCCCCGUCCUUUCCUUCCUCUACGAGAUGAAGUGGCGUUGGGGCUACCUCGGUGUGCUGAAGGCCGGCACCCCGACCGCCGGCACCAGCCGCAACAGCAGCUUCAGCGAGGCCGCGUCGGGGCCUGUGAUGAGCAACAACGUCAACAGCACCACGGGGCGUGGGCCGGGUUCGAUGAUGGGCAACCACAGCACCGGUGGUCUGGCCGCCAUCGACCGCAGCGUCGGACAGGGCGUCACCGACGAGCUGGAGAUGUGGAUCACGAUGGACCAGAUGAUCCACGGCCGGGUCUCGAAGGACCUCGCGCAGCGGCUGUGCUGGUCGCUGGCGGAGCGGCCGGAGGUGAUGCAGGAGCGCGUGUUGCAGCUGCCGAGCGAGGAGAGCGGGUACUGGCGCUAUCGCGGACUGGUCGAUCAGACACACUUACCGCCCAUUCCCGCGCCAGGCACGGUGGUGAUGAUCCACCCCAAAGACGUCUAUGUGAUGGGCAGCGACGUCCUGCCGGGGUUCAACGAGGGCGACAUCUUGCGGUUUGACCCGGAGAGACUGGUGUGGUUUGCCGAUCACUCCAUCCCCUUGGAGGGCUUGGUGCUCGCAGCGAUGCGGCCGUAUUGCAAGCAGGCGCGGGAGGCGGGCCCCGAGGACCCGUCCUGGGUAACGAAGGUGUGCGAUGCGGAGGAGGCGGAGGCGCUGCAGGGCUGGGAGACGGACGUGGCCUACCCCACCCCGCCCGCAUCGGCGGCGGAGGCGGCUCUGCUGGCCAGCGACACGAGGCUUGUGCACACCCACGAACACGUUGGCAACUUCUACGUGUAUCGCUUCGUGCGGGACGGGACGACGUACUUUCACGGCACCGUGCCGAACUUCGCGAACCGGAACAAGAAGCGGCUGUUGCCGAGCGCUGCGAAUGCGCCUUCUCAAGGAACUCCAACCCACACGGCGGUAGCGGCGGCGCCGAACCCACUCAACAACAGCAGCAGCAGUGGCCACAACGCCGCCACCACGGGUGCUCGCGGCGCAGACAACAUCAAUACGAAUAAUAAUGCAUCGGCCAGCACAGCUGCGAAGACGACGUUUGCGAAUAGCAGCAACACCACCAACACCACAGGCACUGCCACUACGAACAAUAGCAGCAGCAAACCGACGGUUCCGGUGCCGAAGACCAUCGCCAGCGCACUCUUCUCUCUGCUGCCGGCUUCUCGUGCGAUGGCGGGCGGAUCCAGUGGUGCUAACACCGCCAGUGUGAACGGCGGUGUGCACGCCAAUCCUGGCGGGGCCACCAACAUUACCAACAACACGAGUAACGGCAAUGCAGGCAACACGCCGAAUGCGACAGCGCCGUCUCCCGCCACCACCACCACCACUACCGCCUACCUCGCCACUCCAGUAACAUCCACUGCCAUAAACACGGCUCGUAAGUGGGUGCAGGCGCUCUACAGCUACGCGUACGGGGCGCCGAACACCACCGCAUCAGCCGCGGCAGGAGGCAAGCGACGGGGACCGACGGCGGCCAGUCUCGCGGCCGGUGGUGUCGGAGGACCCUCUUCUUCUGCUGGUGCUGCUGCCGGGGUGUCCCCGGGCCUGCCCACCUCAACGGGAGGAGGACCCUCGCCGUUGGCCACACGGGCGCCUACCAUUGUCACCCCGCUGCGCUCCGUAGCGGGGGACGGGGCCCACGGGAGUGGCGGCAGCUUCCCCUCGACCCCGGUGUAUGCCCCACACGUGAACGCAAAGACGCCCACGUCGGGUGCCCCCGGCACGGCGGUCGGCUUUCCGAACGUGACGGCGUACGACGUGUCCGUGUGGCCGACGCCGAAGUUUAUCGGGGCGGUAUCGCAGCUGGGCAUGAGCCCACACGUGAAUUCGGGAAGUUCCCCCGCCGGUACGGUGAUGAGCCCUGGUACCCCUCAGCUCGCAACACAGCACUCCCGCUCCUCUUCGCACUCACUCAUGCGCCAGGUUAACGGUCAGGAAGGCGAUGAGGCAGCGCCCCCCACGGCAUCGAAGCCGGUCAAGCGUUACGUGGCCGGUGGAAGCUAUGAGUGGGACUGGCGCAACCAGUAG